AGCCAACAACUCUUAAGAAAAAGAAAAAGAAAAAGAAAAUGCUGAAGCCUCAAGUUCAGUCGCAGUGUAGUCAAAGCACCUUGUUUCUUUCAAACAAUAAGCCCUUCAUCAAUGGAGAUGGCAGUAGUAUUGGUUCGCCAUUACUACAAGUCUCUCUGACACCCUCAGUAUUAGUAUGCCCUCAAAACAAAAACCUUCGUGUUGCCUUCUCUCCAGGCAACAUAAAAGCCAGUAGUAGUUUUCCUCGUAUAUUUAGUCGAAGCAGUGAGAAAAUCACUAGGGUUACAGCCAACGUGACCGUGCAACGUAAGUCUCCAAAGCCUGUAUUGGAACCCAACUACAUUUCUGAGAAACUCCAGUCUGUUAAAGAUAAAGCUGACGAUUUUCUGGGAGUACCAGAUUUCAGUCUUGAGCUUAUUAGUGCUGAAAUUGAUCCUGAAACUGGAAAGCAACGAAAGGUUAAAGGUUUUCCAGAGAAGAGUGGUCUUCAAUUGUUUAAAACUGAAGUGAAGUACGAAACAACGAUUAAUGUUCCAAUAAAUUUUGGAGAGGUUGGUGCAAUUAUUGUGGAGAGUGAUUUCGAAAGAGAGAUAUACAUUAAGGACAUUACUCUCUCUGGCUUGCCUUCUGAGCCGAGAACCCUUAAUUUCUCAUGUAACUCCUGGGUUCAAUCUAAGCGUGAUGUUCGUAAUCCAGCUGAGCAUUUAAGGAUCUUCUUCUCGGAUAAGUCAUACCUGCCAUCACAAACUCCAAGUGGGUUAAGGAAAUUGAGAAAAGAAGAGUUGGAAAAGUUGAGAGGAGAUGGAAAGGGACAGCGCAAGAAGUACGACAGAGUAUAUGACUACGAUGUCUAUAAUGAUCUUGGAAAACCAGAUGCAAUUGACACAAAAAGGCCUGUACUUGGUGGUAAACAACACCCUUAUCCUAGACGUGGAAGGACUGGGCGUCCACUUUCCCAAGAUCAAUCGUCUGAGUCAAGGAGUGGAGGAUUUUAUGUGCCAAGAGAUGAAGCAUUUUCAGAAGUGAAGCAGACAAAUUUUAUCUUUAACCUUUUGUUCGCUGUUACACAUGCCAUUUCACCCAUCUUGAAAGGUUCCUUGACCGAUAAUAAGUUCCCAUACUUCACCUCCAUUGACGUACUCUACAACGAAGGCAUUAAAGUUCCUUACAAAAUAGGCUCUGACGGUAAUCGAUUCCAACUCCUCAAAGCCAUCGGAUCUAGAGUCUACAAAGCUGUUCUAGAUGCAGAUGAUAUGUUACAGUUCAAGCAACCACCACCAAUGGACAAGGACAAGUUCUUUUGGUUUAGAGAUGAGGAAUUCGCUAGACAAACUCUCGGCGGUCUUAACCCUUGUAGCCUUCAAGCGGCGAAGGAAUGGCCAUUGAGGAGUAAACUUGAUGCUGAGGUCUAUGGCCCACAAGAGUCAAAAAUCACACCAGAACUCAUUGAGAAACAACUUAAACCUUAUGAAUACACUUUUCGUGACGCCAAAAGAGAGAAAAAAUUGUACAUGUUGGACUACCAUGAUAUACUUUUACCAUAUGUAAGCAAAGUAAGAAAACUUCAAGACAGAACACUGUAUGGAUCUCGGACGUUGUUUUUCCUAACUCCACAUGGAACAUUGAUGCCUUUGGCCAUUGAGUUGACUCGGCCACAGAUGGAUGGAAAGCCACAAUGGAAGGAAGUAUUCACCCCAAAUGAUACUUGGCGUUCUACUGAUACUUGGCUUUGGAGACUUGCGAAAGCUCAUGUUCUUGCGCACGAUUGUACUUAUCACCAACUCGUUAGUCACUGGCUAAGAACUCAUUGUGCCGUAGAGCCUUAUAUAAUUGCCACAAACAGACAACUAAGUGCGAUGCAUCCAAUCAACAGAUUACUAGGGCCACAUUUCAGAUACACAAUGGAGAUUAAUGCUAAAGCUCGAGAUAAACUGGUCAGUGCAGGUGGUAUCAUUGAACAAGGGUUUGCCCUUGGACAAUAUGUUGUGGAGUUUAGCUCUUUAGUCUACGAUAAACAAUGGAGAUUUGACCUACAAGCACUGCCAGCUGAUCUUAUUCAUCGAGGAUUGGCAGUUGAGGACAAGAGCUCUGAACAUGGUGUACGGCUAACAAUCGAAGACUACCCUUUUGCCAACGACGGUCUCUUGAUAUGGGAUGCCAUCAAAAACUGGGUGACCGAGUACGUCAACCAUUACUACCCCAACUCGAGCGAGGUGGAACGUGAUGAAGAGCUACAAGAAUGGUGGAGGGAGAUCAAAACAAAGGGUCAUCCGGACAAGAAGGAGGGGUGGCCGGACCUGAAAACGCCUGAAGACCUCAUCGAAAUCGUGUCGAACAUAGCAUGGGUUGCGUCGGGUCUCCAUGCUGCUGUCAACUUCGGACAGUAUGCUUAUGCCGGUUACUUCCCAAAUCGGCCGGCGAAUGCGAGAGCCAAUAUACCAUUGGAAGAAAAGGAAUACAAUCCCCAAGUUUGGAAAGACUUUAAGGAGAAUCCAGAAGACGCGCUUUUGAGGUGCUUUCCUUCGCCGUUCCAGGCAGGGCUGACGGUGGCCGUCAUGGACGCGUUGUCUACUCAUUCGCCUGAUGAGGAGUAUCUUGGCCAUACGAUGGAGACUGCUUGGGGCUUAGACCCUGCUAUAAAGGCUGCCUUUGGACGCUUCAACGCGAGGGUGAAGGAGAUCGAAAACAUUAUUGAUCGAAGAAAUGCUGACGAGAAUUUAAACAAUAGACAUGGAGCUGGGAUUAUGCCUUAUGAACUUCUCAAGCCUUUAUCUCCACCUGGUGUCACUCACAAGGGGGUCCCAUACAGUAUAUCCAUUUGAUCAAUGUGUGGUCUUGAAAUAUUUGCUAUGUUUUCUCAUUUAAUAAAUGAUUCAAAAGUACUACUAAGUGCUAGAAUCAUAUAUAUAUAUAUAUUUGUCCACGUACGAGUAUAGCAAAUUUCAUUGUGUGUUUUGAUAAGUAUGUGAUAUGUAUGAACUUCAUAUAUAAGAGCGUGACAUAGUUGUUCUAUGUAAAAUCAUUAAAAAUUAAUAAAAUAAACUACAUGUGUGUUA